AUGCGCGCUCUCCGCGCUGUCGGUUCCUCUCGGCGCUGCUACCACUCGCACUCACGCUAUUCCAGGCAGGCGGAGCAGCGGGCGUGCGAGGAGGAGCUGGCGGGGUUGCGGCAGUGGUACCACAGCGGCCAUGGCGCAGUGGUUGAAGGUACCAGUGGAGCAGCAGGGGGAGCAGCCAUGCAAGCAGCCAUGCGGACUGGCGGGUCCCUGGCAGGGCCAGCAGCAGGCGCAAGGCAGGCCGAGAGCCAAGGGGAGGGGCGAAAAGAGUGGAGGAAGGAGGUGUGGAGAGGGGAGGGUGGCGAGCGCAGGAGGCUGGUGGCAUACGAGUCGUGGCGGCACAAGCUCAAGGACCAGAUCACCCAGCUUGACGCCAUGUGGGCCUCUGUGGAGCGCAAACGGAAGGAGCUGCGGCGGGUGAACAGCGUGAAGAUGCAGCUGGACGGGCAGCUGGACGCGAGUGCCAUCGACUGGGACGCCCGCCUGCUGCCCCCGUCCGCGAUGGACAAGGCGCGUGAGGUGGUGGCGUGGUGUGAUGGCGAUGGCAUGGUGGUGUCCUCGCCCGUGCCCACAUGGAAGGCGUAUGCAUGCAACGCGUCGGAGGAGGAGAUGCGGCGCUAUCUGGACUUUGAGCCGCAGCAGCUGUGCCCCGACGACUGGUUCCACACGCAGGACCUGCUCUUCGCCAACAACUGCUUCGCUCUGCCCACGCGCCGCUGCCUCACCCGCACCUCACAGCAGCUCGUGGAGCCCACGCCAUUCCCGGAGUCGCUCUUCAGCCAGGGCGCACUCAAGGACGGGGCAGUGCGGUGGGCGCUGCACCACUGCAAGUCCUUCGCCUGCCUCAAUGCACGUCUCAUCGGCGACUGCCGCCUGUGCUACAACAUGACCAUCGAGCGCAACCGCUGGCACCGCCACUUCCGCGGCUCGCUGUCCAUCAAGGAGGUCGUCAACAUGAUGAACGGGACCCUCAGGAUCGGGCUGGACGCGGGCGGCGGCACGGGCAGCUUUGCGGCGCACAUGGCGCGGUACAACGUGACGGUGAUGACCACCGCCAUGAACAUCGAGACCGUCACCGGCCGCCGCCAGGGCCUGCCGUACAUGGAGACCAUCGCCCUGCGCGGCCUCAUCCCGCUGCACGUCCCCCACAAGAUGGCCCCGGGGGUGGCAGG